AUGGACUUUUGGGAGUCGGCCAGCGUGCAGUGCGAGAAGCUCAAGUCGCCGUCGUAUCUCGAGCUCGUCAUCUCCAUCCUCAUCCUCCUCGGACUCUUGAUCUCCUACCUUCCCCAGCACUACCGCAUCAUCUCCAGGGGGACAUCUGAGGGCAUCUCACCCUACUUUGUCCUCCUCGGCACAACUUCCGCAACGGCCGGCUUCGCAAACAUCCUCACCGUCCCACCGUCGCGCGCCGCCAUCGGCUGCUGCAAGGAGGUGGGGACCUUUGAGUGCGCCGCAGGACUACUUGGCGUCGCCCAACUCGGCGUGCAGUGGCUUUGCUUUACUCUCAUCCUCGUCCUCUUCCUCAUUUUUUUCCGCUACCGAGAAGCCAAUGUGCCCCAGGAAGACUUGGGCGGGGAGUCGCCUCGAUGGCAAACAGCCGUCAUGGUCGGUCUUUUGUGUGUUCUGCAUGGCUUGGCUGUCGUCAUUGUGACCGGCGUCUUUGCCAUUGCCGUGCCUAGCCACCUGACGGCCUGGGCAAACGUCCUAGGCGUCAUGGCCACCGUCCUCGCGGCCAUCCAGUACGUGCCUCAGAUCUGGACGACGUAUCAACUCAAGCACGUUGGGAGCCUCAGCAUUCCGAUGAUGUGCAUCCAGACGCCAGGCGGGUUUCUCUUUGCGGCCAGUCUGUAUGCGAGGCUGGGGUCGGCCGGCUGGAGCACUUGGGUCAUCUACCUGAUAACGGCCACUAUGCAAGGCACGGUCCUGGCCCUCGGCAUCUACUAUGAAAUUGCAGCACGCCGGCGCGAGGGCUGCGGCGGCGAUUUCUCGGCAAGCGUGCCGCGCUCACCAGUGGAACACUCGAGCCUCCCGCGCCGACCCGCCGCGAGCCGGACCUACUCUGAAGGCUGGGAGCGUGGGCUGCCGGGGCCGUUCACAGGGCACCCUGAGCGCUAUGCCGAGACGGAAGAGGACCUGGACCACAUGCAGGAGCGGGAGGAGCGAGCCAUUGCGAGGGAAAACCAACCGCUGCUUCGACCGGGGGGGAUAGGCAACCCGCGAAGGAACUACAGCUCAAUCCACAGCUGA